CAGGACAGCUCAAAUCCUCCUCCUCCUACUCCUCACUCCUCUCGCACGUGCCGCCCACCCCUCCCGCCGUGGCCCCCCUCACUCGCGGGCACACAGUCCAAGCUCCCUCCGCCGCCCCUGCCGCCGCCGGCGACGAUGCCUCGCAAGGCCUCGUCCUCAGAUGCGAAGCUCAAGUGGCGGAAGCGGAAGCGCUCGCAGGACCCGUCCCCCUCGAAUCUGGCCGACCACUCGGACGAUUCCGACUCCGCCGCGGCCAACGACGACGCCGACGACGCGCCCCACGGCGCCGCUAACGGGGGUGAAACCCUAGGCGCCGGCGCCGGCGGUGAUGACAACGCCGUGCUCGGCCUCUGCGAGGCGGAGGCGCUCUCCUCGCCUGAGCCCAUCUCCGGCUUUCCUCUGGCCUCCCGCCGCCCUGUCAUCAGGCCCCAUCCCUCCGUGCUCGCGGUCAUCGCGGCUGAUCGUGCCGUGGCUGGUGGCAGCUGCGCCUCGGCCGCCCCUGCACCGCCGCUCGAGAACAUCUCGCACGGGCAGCUCCAGGUGCUUGCUGCCAUGCUCCCCGACAACCCGUCCCUGUCCAACGACCCUGACUUGCCGUCCUCCUAUGUCUGCACCGUGCCUCCGCUUAUGGAAGGCCAAGGCGUGCCAAAGCAGUUCUAUGGCAAAUUGCUUGUCGUGCCCAGACACUCAGAUUGGUUCUCACCCAUGACGGUGCACAGGUUGGAGAGGCAGGUGGUGCCUCAUUUCUUCUCAGGGAAGUCCCCAGGGCAUACGCCAGAGAAGUACAUAAUGUUGAGGAAUAAGGUUAUUGUGAAGUAUUUGGAGCGCCCUGCAAGGAGACUUGCAUUUGCCGAGUGCCAGGGGCUUGUCACUAGCACUGCUGAAUUGUAUGACCUGAGUAGGAUAGUUAGAUUCUUGGACACUUGGGGGAUCAUUAACUACCUUGCAGCUGGGUCUGUGCACCGGGGCUUGAGGCUGGCACAAUCCUUAAUCAGGGAGGAGCAAACAGGGGAACUGCAGCUGGCGUCUGCACCAUUGAAAUCAAUUGAUGGCUUGAUUUUGUUUGAUCGUCCAAAAUGCAGUCUCCGGCCAGAGGAUAUUGCUUCUGUGGCUUCAACUUCGUCUGUUCCAGCGGUGGCAAAUGGUGAUACUAGUCUUGCAGAUUUGGAUGAGAAGAUUUGGGAGCGGUUGUCAGAGAAUUUUUGUACUUACUGCUUACAACCUUUGCCCAGCCUGCACUAUGAGUCACAAAAGGAGGCAGAUGUUUCUCUUUGCUCGGAUUGCUUCCACGAUGCAAGAUUUGUUCCUGGGCACUCAAGCUUAGAUUUUCUGAGAGUGGACGGGAAGAAAAAUGGAUUAGAUAAUGACGGUGACAGUUGGACUGAUGAGGAAACUUUGCUGUUGCUGGAGGGUGUAGAGAAGUAUAAUGAUAAUUGGAAUGGUAUCGCAGAGCAUGUUGGAACAAAGUCGAAGGCACAAUGUAUUCACCAUUUUAUUUCUCUUCCAGUUGAAGAUGGCUUGUUAGAGAGCAUUGAAGUACCACAAGCAUCUGUUUCGUCUAGAGUGCAAAGCAAUGGAUUUUUGCAUUCAAAUUCCAAUGGAAACAUUUCAGGUAGCUAUCCUCAAUGUAGCCAACCUGGACAACAGCUUCCAUUCAUCAAUUCUGCUAAUCCGGUCAUGUCACUGGUUGCAUUUUUGGCCUCUGCAGUGGGACCAAGAGUAGCAGCAUCCUGUGCGAAUGCAGCGUUAUCUGUGUUGACGAGAGAUGAUUCCAGGAUGUCUUCAGAAGGCAAUGACAUUAUGGGUCAUCCUGCUCGUCCAAACUAUGAUACUUCAUCAUCUGUCUCUCCGGAAAAUGUGAAAUAUGCUGCAAUGUGUGGCUUGUCAGCAGCAGCAACAAAGUGUAAACUUUUUGCAGAUCAGGAGGAGCGUGAAAUUCAGAGAUUAGCCGCCACCAUCAUAAAUCAUCAGUUAAAGAGAUUGGAGUUGAAGUUGAAGCAAUUUGCAGAGAUCGAGACCCUGCUUUUGAAGGAAAGUGAGCAAGUUGAGAGGGCCAGGCAGAAUCUGACAGCCCAGCGUGUCCGGGUGAUGUCAGCUCGGUUCGCUUCCGCUGGAGGCUCCAUGCCUGGAGGCAGCAGUACCAUGGUAUCAAAUCCAAUGAGUCAAGCCAGCCCUCGAGCACCAGCAAUGCCAGGCUCAGUGCCUCAGGCCAGCAUGCCAGCAUUUUACGCCAAUAACAUGCAGGGCCAUCCAGCGCAGAUGGCUUUCUUGCAGCAGCAACAGAGGCAGCAACAUCAGCAUCAGCAGAUGCUCUCAUUCGGGCCUCGCCUGCCGCUCUCAGCUAUCCACCCUGGCUCAACGUCAUCAGGGCCCAGCGUCAUGUUCAACCCCGGCAUGCCCAAUUCGGUGACCCCCAACCAUCAUCCAAUGCUGAGACCGCCCUCCGGCAACAAUUCGGGGAGUUUUGGUUAACUAGAGAUUCUUGUCACGUCCUAGUUAUCCGGUGUCUGUAGCUCUGAUUCAUGACCGCCGACCAUUGUAAUUCAAUUGCACAAUUUACAGGUAGAUGCAUUUUUAGUUGCUAGCUUUUAAAAUUGUAGUUCUCUUUUUAUCUCGGAAUCUCUCAGUUAUCUUAUAAGAUCGAUAUUUAAUAGGGUAAGAUUGCGUAUAGAGAAGUGGGAGUUCAUCCUGAUGGAAGUAAUUGCUGCCUUGCUCCUGACUGAUGCUAGAAAGUGACCGAAAAUCGAA